AUGGAUUCUCCAUCAAAGUUUGCUGGCAAAAGAAAAAGAACUAGAGUAUUGUGCUCUCCAUUUCACAAACCAGUGACACCUCAGAGUAAGACAAGGCGACUGCCACCCAAAUUGGACACCAUGAAUAAAUAUUUCUGUCACAGGAAUGCAGACAAUGUGGGAACACUGUUCCAUGCCAAACAGCGGUUUGGACACAGAGCUGUUAAAAAGAAUGUUAUGGAAUGCUAUAACCAUGUAAAAGAUUUCCUCAACUUUUACACUGAUGGAAUGGUUUGUAUUCUUGCAAUGAAGAUAAAAAAUAUGAACAGAUUGGAUGCAAAACCAAAUGACCUCCCUACUGUGACUGCAACUAAAGAACAAAAAGAGAAGUAUUUGAAAGAUUUGUCUAGUGAAAUUGUCAAUUAUGUCUGGCCAACUGUUGACAGAAAAAACAUCAAGAAAGUAGGGGAAUUAGAAGUGGACGAUGAUUUAGACGAUGAUCGAGAGUACUGUACAUGUGAUGGUGAAGGAGACGUAGACAGUCUUUCAAUGAUUGAAUGUUCUGCGCAGAAAAAUUGUGAAUGUGCCCAAUGGUACCAUUUUGAGUGUGUAGGAUUGGAUGAGGAAGAUGAUUUAUUGGAAGACUGGUGGUGCUCUGAUGGGUGCAAAAAAUGGUCUAUUUAUUGUUGUAAGCGGAACAGAGAGGAAGAGGAGGAUGUUGUAUGGAUUGGUUGCAGCAAUGAAGCUAGUUGUAUUAAUAAUCAAUGGUUUCACUUAGAUUGUAAAGGACUGAAGGAAUUACCAGAUGGUGACUGGUUCUGUUGCCAAGACUGUAGAAUGUCUUUCAAUGAUUCUGAAGAGAUGGACAGUAUAAAUGAAUACUCCUGUGCUGUCACCUGGAGAGGCUUGUACCACCUUGCCAAUAGAGAUGCAGAGCGACAAAAUGAUGGGCAGGCCAUGAUAUCAAAUUGGAAAAUAAACAUGCUAGAUUUUUGGAAUAACAAUCACAACAAGUAUUUGAUACUUGGUCAUCGCUUAUUAUCAUAUAUCAAUGGAUUUCUACCUGCACGUUUGGCAUAUGAGAUGGUUUGGGAGGCUACAGCAAAUCUUGAAGGUGGUAUUGGCAAGAAUAUUGCUUUAGAUCUGGUCAAUGAGUUUUUGAACAAUGACUUUAAACAAAACCUCAAGCAUUCAAGAGGACAGUAUACUGAUGCACAUGUUGCAUGGUGCAGUCAAAUUGUCGGUAGUUUAGGAAAAUCUUUAGAGAAGGUAUACAUGGCGGAGGUGAUGGAUAAGUAUAUACCAAAGUCAAAGACAACUGCAGGGGAUUACAGAAAACAUGUUUAG